AUGGGUAAACGUACGGUCUCACAGAAGGACGUCACCGUCACGCAUUUCGACAUGGUCCGCGAGUACCAGGUCACCGAAAAGAAGCGCAAAAUCGAGCCGUCGGCUCCAGUGGCAAAAUUGCCAUCCAGAGCCAAGCAAGAGAAGGGCAACACUAGCAGCCGACCAGCAAGCGUAGAACGGGCCAGUUCGCAGACAACGACGUUCGAUUUGGACGCCGACGAGAGUUCCGACGAGGAAGAUUGGGAGGAGGUUGAUAUCGAUCCGUCGGCAAGCUCAACGAAUGCAGAAACUGGCAUCUCAGUUUCAUUUGAGCCUGGAGCUUCAAUUGCCGAAGAAUCAGUCAUCAGAGGAGGGUGGGACACCAAGGGAACAAAUGUAACGUCCAAGAAGGGCAAAGGAAAACGGACAGGACCGAAGCUGUCACGGGAGGAACGCCAACGACGAAUUCAAGUGCAUCAGAUCCAUAUCAUGGCCUUACUCAAACAUGCUUCGAUACGGAACGCCUGGGCCAACGACUUGCUACUUCAAAUGCAGCUGCGAGAGACGGUUCCAGCUACAAAGCUCACAGGACUCACGCCCGACAAGACACAGACAAAAAUGGUCAGAACUGCGAAAUUCUACGAAUCGCUCAAAUACUUACUGCAACAGUGGGCCAAGAUCUGGUACACAGACUCCCGGGGACUCCACAAACGGGACUUUAACGAGUUAGAUGACAUCAACCCGGACUCGUACGACCCGCCCGUCACCAAGGCCAUCUUCAACAAGAAGGUGAUUCGACAUCGAGGCUCCAGAGAUCUAAAGGUGCAGGGAUUUGUGGCUCUACUGAGAGCUGUAGGGGUGCAAGCGAGAUUGGUGGUCUCUCUACAACCUCUGGAUUUUGCUUCCAACACAAUAGUUAGCGAUCUUGCUGCUGAAAAGCAGCCUGCUGAGAAAGCUUCCCCUUCAGUUCUUCGCAAGCCCAAGUUCAGCAGCACUUCUGGACAGUCAAAAAGUGCACAAAGAAGCCAGUCGAGAAUGCACUACUCCGAGUCGCCUACUCCUGUAUACUGGGUGGAGGUUUUUGAGCCUACAGGCCAGAAAUGGGUCAGUUUGGACCCGGCUUGUGAAGUGAACAUGGAAGUUGUGGGAAAAGCAGGAAAGAGUCGCAUUGAGCCAUCGCUACAGGACAAGCUAAACACUCUGACAUAUGCAUUAGCGUUCAACAAAGAAGGCACCGUCACUGAUGUUACAAGAAGGUACUCCUCAGCCUACAACUCCCGAACCAGACCUGCACGUCUAACUCGCUAUUUGGCGGGCAGUAUCUGGUGGAACAAGCUCAUGGGACUGUAUAGACCUCCUAUCACACAUGCUUCCUGGGCCGAGGAAAAGUUUCUGAGAGAGAGGGUACUUGCUGAAGGGUUUCCCAAGAACAUUCAGUUAUUCAAGAACCAUCCUCGGUACGUGUUGGAGCGCCAUUUGCGUCAAGAUGAAGUGCUGAAGGAGAAGAAUCCCUGUGGAAUCAUGUCAAUGAAGACCAACUCCAAGCCUGAGAACGUAUAUCCUCGAUCUGACGUUCAGCAGGUCAAGUCAGCUAACAAGUGGUACCAGAUUGGCCGGAUCAUCAAGCCUGGUCAGAUCUGCAAGAAGCGAAAGAAGAUGGCAAAGUCUAGAUUCCGACUGGACGAAGAAGAAGACUCUCCCAUGUACUCGUUUGACCAGACCGAGGCCUAUAUUCCGCAACCUGUUGUUGAUGGUCAAGUGCCUCGAAACGGAUAUGGGAACGUUGACCUGUUUACUCCUUUCAUGAUGCCCCCUGGAGGAGCCCAUGUGCGUGGAAAAGGAGCUUAUAUGGCUGCCAAGUCGCUAGGAAUCGAUUAUGCCAACUGUGUUGUUGGCUUUGACUUCACCAAGGGUCGUCAGAUCAAGCCCCGAAUCGACGGUGUGAUUGUCGCUGAGAAGUACGCCAAGGAUGUUGCUGACGUUUGGUCAGACAUGCAAGAACAGACGCUCGCCAAGGAGGAACGAAAUAGAGAGGUACGAGCCCUGUUGCGAUGGAGACGGUACCUGACCGCUCUUAAGAUCAGACAUAGACUCGAUGCUGAGCAUGGUGAAGUCGAACUGGAGAGUGGCGAGGAAGAGGAGGAAGAUGAAGAGGUGAGAGUGGAAGAGGUGAACGAGGAAGUCAAGGAAAAGGAAGAAAACGGCGUCAUUAUUAUCGAUGAUAAUGAAUCAGACGAACCUUGGUACGUUCCACCCUCGGUACUUCAGCCUAAACUGGACCAGUAUCUUAACAAGAGUGCUUUUCGUCUCGACAAGCCAUUAAAUAUUGUUGUCGAUGAGCCUGAGGAAGAAAAAGAAGAGGAAAUACCAAGGGAGGCUUCAACGUUGGCUUCUACACCGAGUUCAACGCCCUGUUUGACUCCUCCUCCUCGUGAUUCUACUACUCCCCGAGAAAACGGCGCUGACAAGACACGUCCGUCUCAACUCCAACGAGCAAGCUCAGUGGUAAGUGUUGGUUCUACAGAUACAAUUUCGAGCGAAGAAGGCAACCCUCUGUCCGAACUUUCAAGUGUCAUCAAGUCUCCUGUCAAGAUUGAUUACUCUUCGUUAGCCGUAGCAGAUGAUUCCGAUUCUCCUGAUGAGAUGAGUGAAUCGGAGUUGUACAGUGAGUAA